AUGGGUUUCCGGUUAGUAAUAGCCGCAUUCCUGCUGGCUAGCCCAAUAAUUGAAGCCAUCUCAACGGCCAACAUUAUCCAUGGGCUUGGCUAUAGACCACCACCGCCCAAAGUCCGACGGAAUGCCAAGUCAAUGGGGCAUUGUCAUUUUGGUAGGUUCAUUAUGACAUUUUGAAUAGGUUAUGACAUUUUAGAAAGCUUUUGACGUUUUUCAAACAAUCAGUAAUUCAAAUUUAAAAUUUGUCUUUUAGACGCCGACAAAUGGUACACGGAGCCAGAAGUCACCAUCUCAAAUGCAGUUAUGUUCGACCGUACUAGUGGUAUCAGUUGUUCCGAAUGUAUGAGUCGAUGUGAAAGUUAUCAGGUAGGGUUUUUGGUUAAUUUUUAGAUUUUGAAAGUGUCAACAGGUUUUUGUCGUGCUUAAGAUUUCAAAAAACCAAUAACUUUUUUGGCAUUUUGUUAGUUUUUUUAAUUUUUUGUGACAUAUCGUCGCUUUUUUUAAAAUUGAUUUUUUUAAAUAUAUUAAGAACAGUAAAUCAAUUGUCGUAUUUUACAAAAAAAACCGUUUUUUUACGUCCAAACACUCUGAUUGUUAAAAAAAUCGAUAAUUUUGUGACAUUUCGUAAAAUUCCAAUUCUUAAGCGACUUUUUUACAAAAAAUGACUAAAAAAAGUUUUUAUUUUUUCAAUUUUUUAAUGUUACAAUGACCCUUCUGUUAAUUUUUAUAAAAUCCAAUAACUUUGUGACACCGGUAUAUUUCCCGAUAAUUAAAGUGACAUUUCGUCAAAAGCUAAUCUCUACUAUAAUUUGAUUCGAAAAGCCUCUAAAUGAUAAAAUUUAUUAUUAUUUAUACAUUUUGAUAAGGAUAUCUUUAUAAAAUAGCACUAUUUUUAAAAAUUUUAAAUUUCAGAACAACGCAACGAAAUGGGUGUGCCGUUCCUUGACAUACGACCACAAGUACGAGAUUUGUGAUAUCUACGCAAUCAACGGUCAGUCGAAGCCAUACUAUCUCACCGAGUACCAUAUGCGAGACUACUUUGCCUACCUACCAGCGUUGUCUCCAAAAGACCGUUCUCGAAUUGGCGUGUCACAUGAAAUUGACAUUAUUGAUGAGGAGAAGCAGGUUUUGGAGCAUAAGAAGGUGAUGGUUGAUGUCACGGAGAUUGACGGUGUAGCCAAGGCUGAGACUUUGGCUACGAGUAAGAGUACUGAAGCUGGCAUUCUAGAAGCUGCGACUACACCAAGUAUUCACAGUGAGAACGGUGGAGAGAAGGAUUCUGAAGGCAUUUUGAAGACGAUUAACGUUAAGGCAGUUGAUAUUCAUGAGGAUUCUGAUGAGAAGUACACUACUAAAACUACUGAUGCUACUGAAAAGGCUACGGAGGCUACAAAUGUUUGGGAACACAAAGAAGAAACUUCUGAAUCUUCAAAAACAGAAUCCAACGAUAAACUAGAAGUUGAAGCUACAGAAAAAUUUGUAGAGCAAACUACAGGACCAGCCAUUGAGCUACACACUUCAGAAACCGUGAUUCUUCACAAAGAAGAGGCUUCUGAAGCCGCAGUGACACAAGUUUCAGUAGAACCUUCAAAGAUCGUUGAAGAAGCCAACGUGACCGAGUUCUCUACCGUGAAUGCUCCAGUAACCACCGAGAAUCCUAGCAAAGAACUUGAGGUUACAGAGCAAAAGGUCACGGUGAUUGAAACUUCAGAAACUCCAACUAAACUCUCAGAAUCCGAACGAUCAGCUGUAGGUUCUCACGAUGGCACCGACUUCGUCACUGCUGCUCGAGCUUCAAAAACCUACAUCAAAAGCAGGUCCGGAGAGAAGCUUCCAAUUCCUGGCCUAGCCGAAGAGAAGCUUGAAGAAGAUCCAGUAGCCAAAAGGAAGAGCUUCUCCAGACGUUUAGAGAAGAUGAAUUUGAAGACCUUGAGGAACAUCAUUGCUAGUAACGCUAAGCACGAUGAAACCAAAGAGUUCUAUCAAGAACAUAAGGCGGCCGUUAGUGGGAACAGUAGACAAGAAGGCGUACAUCAUGUUGAAGGUGGUAGGAACCAAAAGUUGAGGAUUGACAGCUUGAGAAGUCAGGAGAAGAAGGAUGAAGGUGUUAGUGUUCAAGAGGUUCAUAGUGGACAGAAGGGUGGUAUUGUAGCUCACGCUAAUGAUCAACAAAGCCAAUCCGCUCAAGCAAACAGCCAAGAAGCCCAAGCUAAACCACCUCACCUUCAGCAAGUUCAAGGAGCGACCUACACAGAAUCCCUCCAGCAAUCCGAAGCGAUUGAAGGUCCGAAAUUGUCACAAAAAGCUCCAGAAGUCAUCGAUACAAACACCAAUGACUUCCCCAAGCCCCGCAACCCUAUGUUAUCCUUGAAGAUCAACAAAAUCUCUCCAGAAACCGCAGCAGCUGAGGCUUUGCUUCGAGAAGAAGGUGAAAAGAUUGCUCAUGAGCUAGCCAAAGAAGCGAAAGCGGCCGAAGAAUUUUUUGAUGAAACUACACCGGCUACACUACUGAGAACUUCAGCUGCUUCAAUUUUGAAGAAGACAGAAGAAGUUGUUUCCCAGUUCAAGGUGGAGACGGAUGGUGAAGAUGGUAGUGAAAACGGUGAGAACAAGAGUGUGAACGUUGGGUUUGAAGACCAGAAAGCAGCUGAAAAUCAACAAAACUCUGAAUUUUCUCAAACUUCAGAGUCCAAUUCAGAACAAACCUCAACCAUAAUCACUCGAAAGUUCAACACACAACGUCGCGAACAUCACGAAGCUUGGGAAGAACAUUAUCAGACUCAAGCCAACGGUCAAGAGCUUAACCAGCAAGCUAGUCAACAGUCUUCUUCUAAUCAACAAGCUGCCAAUACUCAACAAAACGGCUUUCACCAAGUCUCAAGUAGCCAAAAAGUUGCUUCGGACGCUGAUACAACAACAUUGACAAACGAAGAACUGGUCAAGAGCUUGGAACAACAACCAAUGGGCUUUAAGACCUUCUCAUCAUCAACGUUUGAUCAACAAGUAUACUCUAGAGAGCCGCUAGCACCAGAGAACGUUGCUCAUAAGGAGUAUGUGCAGAAGUCAGUGGAUGACAAUACUGACCAGAAUGGUCAGAAAGGUCAAUUAAAGACAAAUAAUGAUCAAAAAGAUAAACUAAAAGCUCAAAAAGAACAAGAAGAAGAACAAAAAGAACAAGAAGGACAACAACAACCUCAAAAACAACCUCAAAAUGAUGAGCAAGCACCACAAACUCAAGAACAAGGCCCAGCGGCACCAGUAGACCAACAAACUCAAUCUUCACCACCCCAAACCCUUAAGCUUCAAUCUGACGCCAAAGCUAAUGAAGACAAAGUCGCACUUGACUUUGACAGUGAUAAGAAAAAGCUAAAAGUUCAAAAACUAGAUCAUGCUGAAAAGUGCAAAGAAAAUGAAAUUUUGAGAUUUGUCCAAUUCUCUGGAUACGAACAAUCUCACAAGGAUCAAGAUGCUAAGCUAGAAUUAUUGCCAUCUGGAACGUUGGAGACUUGUCAAAAGGCAUGUGCUGAGAGCUCGGCUUUUGAAUGGUAAGGGUUUUACAAAUUUAAAAAAUGUUUUAAGGUUAGAGUAGAAUGGGGUUUGGCAUGGCUUAGUAGGAGUUAAAGUAAUGCAGCCCAUAACGACGAUAAAGCCUAGAAUUCAGUAACACUAGAAUUUAAAGUACAAUAAGUUUUAAGAUACCACGGUACGUUACAGUACGGUACGGAACGGCAGGUAUAUGUAGUGUAAAAUAAUACAAGAUACAGUACUGUAGGGCAAAUUAGUUUAAGCCAGAAAAUGUUACGGUCGAGUAGGGCACGGUAAGGCAGAUUAGGGCACGGUGAUGCAGAGUAGAGUAUUUUAGGGUAGGGUAGGGUAGGGUAAGAUGGGUUGCGUGAAGUUGCGUGGGAUACGGUACGGUAUGAAAAAAAUAUGAUACUAAGAUAAAUCUUUCAGUGCAUCAGCCUCUCACUCUCCAUCAGGCUGCAUCUUAUCAUCAAAGUCAGCCAAUCACGCUGAAGUUCAGUCUCUCGUAGUGAACCGUGAAGCCACCUACCUCGAAAAGAUUUGUCUACCAAUCGUCCUGGCCGAGAAAACAAAAUCGAUCUUUGACGCAGUACCAUCCUACAUCCUAGUCGGGCAUGUACAAGAAGUGACAGAUGCUACCACCUUGGUACAGUGUCAAAUCGACUGUCUUCAAGCUCAAGAAAAGUAUGGAUUCAGAUGCCGUAGUGCCAUGUGGUACCCAGCUGAUGCUGACCAAAACUGUUUGUUGAAUUCGGAAAAUAAGUUCACUCAACCUACAGUAUUCGUACCUGAAGAUGAGGGUGUCAUCAUGUUCUACUUUGAUAUGCCACGAAUUGACGAUAGUCCGGAUGUUCAGAGGAGAUAUAAGGUAAAAUACGUCGUUUUUCUCGAUCCUUUUUCUAAAAAUAUCAGAUGUUUUAAAUUUAAAUUUUUUACCGUAUCCGAAAAAGUACAGUGUACCAUUAAAAAAAUAAAAAUAAAGUACAGUAUGCCUUUUACAAUUCAAUGCUAAAUUAUGACAUUUUAGGACAUUCCCCUAAAACACAGAGUGUCAAAAUGGACCCAUUGGAGCAAGUGUGACGAAUCUAAAGAGUACUCCAAGAAGUACCGUUACAACAAAUGUAACAAUGAAAAAGACAUCAGGAAAUGUCCGAAACAAACUUUAAAUUGCAAAAAUGGUAAGUAUAAGCGGCAUUUUUAGCGUACUGUUUUAAAAUUUAAAAAAAAAUCAAUAUUUUUUGUGACAUUUCGUUAAAAUCAAUAAUUUUUGUGGCAUUUGUUAAAUUGAUAGUUUUUUGUGAGCUCACUUUUUAAAAUACAAAAAAAGUUAAAAAAGACUUUUUAAAGUAGUAAAAUUCAAAAUAAAAAAAUUUACAAACCAAUAAAUUUUUUGACAUUUCGUAAAAAUCAAUAAAUUUUGUGACGUUUCGUCAAAUUGCAAAAAUGUGCAUAUAAACUCAAAUUUUUGUUAAAACUUGAUUAAAUACACUAAAUAACAAAAAAAAAUAAACUUUUUUACAUUUCAAUUACAGUAAACGAGCCCUCCCAACCACACAUUGAUGGUGAAUGUCGGGCGGUGCGCGACACUCACGGCAACAAACGUUGUCCGCACGGUGUGAAACUUGACUCGUUCGGUAUUCGACACUACUGUACCCCACCAGUGGAUUGUUAUUGA